ACGAGAAAGUCCGCUCUCUCCUCCACUUGAUGAGAGCCACACGGUCACGGAUGGACUUCGCCACUAUCUUGACGUCGCAGUCCAGGAAGAAACCCGAUUCCACCUGCAGGACACAGUAAAAUUUUUCCUCCAGAGUGGGAGCUGAGAGCGGGGUGGACACAGGCUCUUAUCAGAUUACGCUCACUGCGCCACGGGAAAGGCGGCUCAGAGUGAGCGCAUCUCCUGUUCGGCUCAAACGAACAAUGUCUUCAUAAAUUUCCUCUCCGGGAGGUUUGGAGAAGGGGAACAGGACCCACGCCCCUGGCAACAACACGUAAGCCUGUCCAAUAACCCGGCACGCUUUUAGGUGACACCCUCAGCCUCUUCUGUACCGUGCUGUGUGUGUGUGUGUGUGCGUGCGUGGACCACACCGCUUUCCGCCCUCACUGUGACGCGCUACGUCUCAACCGGGAGGAUGAUCUUUAAAGACACGCUGUGAGAAAAUGUGAGCUGCUGCAAAAAGCACUUCACCAUAAACACUCAGUGCCAGCCGCCGCCGGCGAGACCGUCGACUUUCCCCACAACGUACAUGACAACUAACGGCGCCCUGAGUGACAAAAUGGCCACGGACAACUUGGAGAUGAACAGUGAUGCUGACCGGAACGGCGAGGCGGAGGUGUCACUGCGAGGACGGACGAAGAGGAAGCAAAGGGAACCCUUGAACAUGAACCAUUAUGCCAAUAAGAAGAGUGCAGCAGAAAGCAUGCUGGACGUGGCUCUACUGAUGGCUAAUGCCUCACAGCUAAAGGCUGUGCUGCAGCAAGGGCCUGAUUUCAGCUUCUACGUGCCCCUCAUUACUCUCAUUACCAUCUCGCUCGUCCUACAAAUAGUGGUGGGUGUUAUGCUCAUCUUCAUAGUGAAGUGGAACCUGAACGAUGAGAGCAUGCACUACAAGCUGAACAUCCUGGAAAACCUGUCCACGGCGUUUGUCUUCAUCAUAGUUGUGGUCAACGUCUUCAUCACUGCCUUUGGUGUCCAGAGACCCAUCGACAAUAACUAAGUCUUCACAUCAAAGCCUGCACAUGGUCUUAGUAUUGAUGGACCUGCCGUUUAUUUUGUAUAAAUGGACACCACAUUAAAUGACGUGCAAGUGCAGGCGCAUUUGCUAUUCUGCAAUCGUAUCUGCCAGAGACCAAACGUGCUCCGAGGAUCAGGUGACAUUUUCUGCACUGUGUGUGUGCUUGUAUUUGAAGAUUGAAGAUUGAAUGACUUUAUUCCUCCACCAGGGGGGAAACACACAUUCACAACAGCUCAGUUAAGAAAUGAGAAUAGAAUAAAAAUAAAAAUACAA